AACAUCCAGGCAGCUCUGUUUCCUAGUUGCUGAAGAUGGAUACAAGAAGAAAUAGAAAUUGGACAAAUGCUCAAGCUGCUUACCAAAUCAAUAGCAACUAUUUAGAUCAAUAUCCAUCAGUUCGAUUUCAAAAUGCUAAAAAUGUGCGUCCGAUAAACGUAAAACAGUACAAAGGGGAUGAAAAUAAGCAGCCGAACUUCAAUAAAAAAAGAGCCGGAGAGCAAGAUGAGAAAGUAGUGAAGAAAAAAAAGAAAGAGUAUUCAAUUUUCAAACAAUUUUGUCAAGAAACUUCUUUCCAUGGUUUCAAUUAUCUGGGUGAAGAGAAUAGGUCAAAUCUUGAAAGAGCAUUCUGGAUAAUCGUGCUGGCGUUUUUCUACUACGAAUCUGUCCAGCUACUAAUUCACGGCUAUCGGAUGUUCAGCACCCGCACUGUCAUCAUCAACAUAGAUGGAUCGCCUCCUCUAGUCUCCGAUAUACCUUUCCCUGCACUCACCAUAUGCAGCUCAAACCAAAUCACCAAAUCUGGGCUGGAAAGGGUGCAAAACGACGAGCAGUUGAGAGAGCACAAGGAUGACAUCAUUUCACAUUUGUGUCAAGUCUACAGAAACCAUGAAACAUCAAAUGAAAAUGCAAGUAAACGAAUGGAUAGUAGAGUGAUCACCAAUUUCUUACAGAAGGUUGGUUCCUUAAACUGUACAAAAACAAUAAUUGAACAAUUGUGGCUUUCAUCACUACAGGAGGAUAAUUGUCAUAAUAUGCAACAGAUUGUAACAUUCUUCGGGGUUUGUCAUACAUUCAACAUGCUACCUCUAGAUCAACUCUACACUGAAUCGUUCUACCAUAAUCACUACAAACAUCAGAUGAAUAAUAUUACAAGUGGAGUGCCGGGCUUGGGAGUGUCAUGGACACCUGAAACCGGCUACAAAAAGUCGGCCAACUUCAAGAGCAUGGAGGUUGAGAUUCCUUACAGAACAACUGGGGUCUCUCUAGUUCAUAGUCUCAUAAUUUUUGCCGAUAUUCAGGAGAAUGACUUCACCCCCGUCUGCAACCAAGGAACAAAAGGAUUUUUCAUAAUCGCACAUAAUCCUGCCGAGCUACCGGGACUGCCACAUCAAACCAGUUUUAUACCGAGUGACAGGACUUCAAUUUUGAAAGUGAAGACCACCACACACAAACUUGACAAACGUUUAGUCAGUUGGAAGCCAAAAGAGAGACAAUGCUACCUUGAAAGAGAAAGGAGCCUCAAAUUUUUCAGAUACUACACCGAACAGAACUGUCGCCUGGAAUGUCAAACUAAUUUCACACUGCUCUUGUGCGGAUGUGUACCAUUCUACUUACCUCACUUUACAAGCACAUCUAUAUGUGGUCCAGCAAAGGAAUCCUGUUUUAAAACAUUGUGGUCAAAAGUUUCACCUCUACAAACCAAUAGAAUCUGUAAGUGUCUACCAUCUUGUACUGAGCUGACAUUCAACAUAGACUUCACAAACUCUGAAAAAAAUCAAACAGAUUCUGCAGUUUUGAAAGUAAUGGCCAAGGGUUCCACCAAGAUCCAGAUGUUUUAUAAAGAUAAGGUUGUUGCAAGCUACAGAAGACUUCUUCUCUUUGACUGGAAUGAUGGAGUUGCUCUCCUGGGCGGAAUAAUGUGUCUGUUUUGUGGAGGCAGUUUUCUCAGUUUCUUCGAGCUGAUCAAUUUCUUCAUUUUUCGAGUCAUCAAACCAAAGAAACCCGAAAAUGAAAAGGUUUUGAAAAACUCACCCAAAAUAGUUGCUGAUAGGUAUUGAGUUCGCCAAACUGAUAUGCAUGUUGGCUUGUUUCAAUUUAUUGCUUCAAAAAAGGCCAAUUGCUGAGGGUGAUGCUCAAACGAGAUUCAGUCUUGUGCGUGGGAAGGAUGAUGAUGAGGGUUGAGUGGACGCAACCUACAGAUUUAGAUUGCUUCCGAAUCACCGAGAGGUGAUUAUAAACUCUUAAAUGCAAACCCCAACCCAAUGGUGUCAACUUAGUACAAAGUAGAAAAUAAUAUAAGUUUUGUUAAAUAAAACUCGCGCUCACAGGCGACCAAAAAGGAUAUUACAAGUGAGAAGUAUGGAAAUUUCUUGUUUUUGUAUUUCCUUAUUUCCUAUUUUCUAUUACUUACACUACAUCUCCUUAUUUCCUUACUUAUAGUAUGAUAAUGUAAUUGAAUAUGAUAUUAUAUAAUAUACUGUAUUGUAUCUUGAGACAUAUUUAGAAACUGCUAAAAAAAUUGAUAAAAUUUUGUUGCAUUAUUGUUGAUAUAGUGAAACUCGUCUAUCAAUUAAACUAAUAAGGCUA